CUGACGCAGAACAUCACCGCGCAAAUACACCACGCUUGUGAAUUUUUGCAUGUCAGGAGCGGAGGAUCCUGUCGCCGGUCAACGGCCGCUUUUCAUCUUUUGUCUCUUUGAUUCAUAACGCAUAAAUCAGAGGCAUGUGGAAUCGGAUCAGGAUUAGGAAUUGUCUCCCAGUAGCGUGCCUGCUGUUAAUGAUAUGGACGAAGGUGUCCCAGUCCUCUGGCUAUUUCGAGCUGCAGCUGAUUGCCGUAGAAAAUGUAAACGGUGAGUUGUGGGACGGGGAAUGUUGCGACGGCACGCGGAACUCCCAAGACCAGCGCUGCGUGCGGGACGAGUGCGACACUUACUUUAAAGUGUGUCUGAAGGAGUACCAGUCUGAAGUCACCACCAAUGGACCAUGCACCUUCGGCUCUGGAUCUACGGACGUACUCGGUGGAAAUAUAUUUUCUUUUAAGAACGCCAGGAACAACCCUAACAAGAUGAGCGAUGCGGGAAAGAUCGUCAUUCCCUUUCACUUCGCCUGGCCGCGAUCCUACACACUCAUCUUGGAAGCCUGGGACUGGGACAACUCCACUCAAAACACCGGUGAAGAGAAUUUGAUCGAGCGGAACACACAUGCAAGUAUGGUGAACCCAGGCGACCACUGGCAGUCCAUCGACCAUCAUGGCACCACAGCCCACAUUGAGUACCGCAUCCGGGUCAAGUGUGACGAGAACUACUAUGGCAGUAAGUGCAACAAACAAUGCCGGCCACGGGACGAUUACUUCGGCCACUUCCGCUGCGAUCCAUCUGGGAAUAUUUUAUGUCUAGAAGGCUGGAUGGGACAAGACUGCCGAACUGCGAUCUGCAAGCAAGGCUGUAAUCUGAUUCAUGGAGGCUGUUCGGUGCCUGGAGAAUGCAAGUGCAACUAUGGUUGGCAGGGCCAGUUUUGUGACGAGUGUCUCCCGUACCCUGGCUGCGUCCACGGAACCUGUGUUAUGCCCUGGCAGUGCACUUGUGAGAAGAACUGGGGUGGCCUUCUGUGCGAUAAAGAUCUGAACUUUUGCGGCACACACCAUCCCUGUGUCAAUGGAGGAACCUGCAUGAACUCUGAACCAGAUGAAUACAACUGUGCCUGUCCUGAAGGUUACUCUGGCAAGAACUGUGAAAUAGCUGAGCAUGCCUGUGUAUCCAACCCCUGUGCGAAUGGAGGCACCUGUCAUGAAGUCCUCUCAGGUUUUGAGUGCCAGUGUCCACCAGGCUGGGAGGGACCCACCUGUGCUAAAGACAUGGAUGAAUGUGCCUCCAGCCCGUGUGCACAAGGCGGAACAUGUAUCGACCUGGAAAAUGGCUUCGAAUGCGUCUGCCCUUCUCAGUGGGUUGGAAAGACCUGUCAAAUCGAUGCAAAUGAGUGUAUGGGGAAGCCUUGUGUAAAUGCUAACUCUUGCAAAAACAUGAUUGGUGGAUAUCACUGUGACUGCUUUCAAGGAUGGGCCGGACAGAACUGUGACAUCAAUCUCAAUGGCUGCCAUGGGCAGUGCCAGAAUGGAGCAACAUGCAAGGAGAUGGUGCACAAAGGUUAUCACUGUCAGUGUCCUCCAGGCUUUGUGGGUUUGCACUGUGAAGUCUCAAGGAACAAAUGUGCCAGUGGGCCAUGUCAGAACGGCGGCCGUUGCCAUGUCAUUUUGGACAGCUUUGUUUGUGAAUGCCCGUCAAACUUUGCAGGGAUGCUCUGUGAGGUGGAGAGCCUCUCUCACCCGAUCCCCUGUGAGCCAAACCCUUGUCAGAAUAAGGCAUCAUGCUACAGCUUGCCGGGUGAUUUCUACUGCGCCUGUUCAGAAGACUACGAGGGCAAAACCUGUGAAAACCACAAGGACCACUGCAAAACAACACCUUGCCAAGUGAUUGACAGCUGUACAAUUUCUGUGGCGAGUAACGGCUCAGACGGUGGUGUGAGACACAUCAGCUCUAAUGUGUGUGGUCCCCAUGGGCACUGUAUCAGCCAGCCAGGUGGCAACUUCACCUGCUCCUGUGAUCCCGGCUUCACCGGAACCUACUGCCACGAGAAUGUUAAUGACUGUGUGAGCAGUCCAUGUCGCAAUGGAGGUACCUGCAUUGAUGGGGUUACAUCUUUCCAGUGCUUUUGUCCGGAUGGCUGGGAGGGUGACCUUUGCGACCUCAAUGUGAACGAGUGUAGUCGAAGCCCUUGUAAGAAUGGCGGCCACUGUGUUGACCUAGUAAAUGACUUUUACUGUGAAUGUGCCAAUGGCUGGAAAGGCAAGACCUGUCAUUCUAGUGAAAGUCAAUGUGAUGCAAGCACUUGCAGUAAUGGAGGGACUUGCUAUGACCAUGGAGACAGCUUCCACUGCGCCUGCCCACCUGGAUGGGGAGGAAGCGCAUGCAACAUGGCAAAAAACAGCACAUGCGCAUCUAGCCCUUGCCUGAACGGAGGAACGUGUGUGGGUGGUGGUGACACGUUCACCUGCAUCUGUAAAGACGGCUGGGAAGGGCCCACCUGCGCUCAGAACACCAACGACUGCAACCCUCACCCCUGUUACAAUGGUGGAAUCUGUGUGGACGGGGUGAACUGGUUCCGCUGUGAAUGUGCCCCUGGUUUUGCCGGACCUGACUGCCGUAUUAACAUUGAUGAGUGCCAGUCAUCACCCUGUGCCUAUGGUGCCACCUGUGUAGAUGAGAUCAAUGGCUUCCGCUGUGUCUGCCCCCUUGGUCGCACUGGACCUCGAUGUCAAGACUUCAUUGGCAUCGGGAAGACGUGUCACUAUGCUGGACUUCAGUUCCCGCACGGCAGCCGCUGGGAGGAAGAAUGCAACACUUGUCAAUGUGUCAACGGAAAAGUGGACUGCACCAAGGUGGUGUGUGGCCGUCGGCCAUGUCUGAUGCCAGGAGCGCCAGGGCUAGAGCUUCACUACUGCCCAGGAGGUCGUGAAUGCCAAGAGCAUAACUUCCUGACCUGCCUCUCUCCCCCUUGUCAGCAGUGGGGUUUCUGCUCCAGCCCUGAAGCUGCCCCAAACCUACAAACCAAAUGUGAGCCCAACACAGUCUAUCUGGAUAAAACCUGUGCUCGCAUCACCCUUAUAUUCAACAGGGACAAACUACCCACUGGAACAACUGUGGAGAACGUCUGCGCAGAGCUGCGGUAUAUGCCCUCCACACGUAGCCUGGCAAAAGAGCACAAACUGUUGGUUCUUUGCGACCUCUCCUACAAAAACCAGGAUGCCGUAGAGGUGGCCAUUUCAUUCCAACAGGAUGAAGGACAGCAGCCAGAGCACAGUCAGAUCCAGGAGGCAGCUAGUACCAUCGUCAGCACUCUGUCUAAACGACACAACAGCACUGUCAUGCUUUCCGUCGUCGAGGUCAAAGUGGAGAUGCCGGUCAUGUCCCAGCCAGUGGACUACCUGGUGCCCAUGCUGUGUGUCAUCCUGUGUGUGCUCUGGGUCUUCUGCAUCAUCGUCUGCGUGUGGUGGACCCGUAAGCGGCGAAAAGAGCGUGAGAGGAGGGAACGCGUGCCUACAGAGGAGAGCGUCAACAAUCAGUGGGAACAACUGAGGCCAGUGUUGCAGCCGCAACACAAGGACAACCAGGAUGCGCAGUACGAGCGCACCAAGCUCAUGGGCUCCCCGGAUCGGACAUGCAACAUCGGGGAGGACGAGGAGGAGAUGGAGGAAGAAGAGCUGGAGCUUAUGGAAGAGUGGUGCAGGACGGAAGGGUGCAAGCGUCCCAUCCAAAAGUACUCUAAGGCUGCAGUGCAGACCAAGAACGAGCUGAUCUGCACUAUGUGGAGCAGCGACGGCUGCAGCCCCUCCCUCAAAAAACCGUACUGGACAGGCUUCAGCCCCAAAGACAACAACUGUAAAAAUGUAAAUAAUGCCACCACCGGCCUAGAGCACAAGGAGCAUUGUGUAUGAGCCUCUGCCAGUGGACAGAGCAGGAUGAUGAGACAGAUGCCAUCUCAGAAACGAAGACUGAGUUUUCCCCAUUUGUUAAUUUUAUUUUCAACUUUGUGAUGUUUUGAGGCUGAAUGGCGAAGUGGCCAAUUUCUUUCCUUCAUGUUUUUUUUUAUGUACAGAGGAAGCAAAAUUAUAUUUCUUUAUAAAGGAGGCAGAGAGAAGCCUCGAUUUGUGUUUUUGAAAAUGACUGCUGGAAUAAAGAGCAGGACUAAAUAACUCUUAAAACAAGAGAGAAAUCAUAUAGACUUUUUGUUGUUGUUUACAAAAUGUUUUUUUUUUUUUUUUUUUGUGAGUGGCCCAGUUUUGGUGCAGACCAUGUGUGGGGACAUCCAACGGGGAACACUGGCUUUGGGGGUCCCUGUUUUUGCCCCAUUCCACCUGUUCUCCUUCUACGCCUGCCUUACCAAGCUCAUUGUCCAUGAGGAGGGCUAGAGUGCCUAUAAAGUGGCCUUGUUUUUUCUGUCAUUUCUGUUAUAUUGGCUGAAUGCUCUUUAAAAAAUCGAUUGCAGUAUUUCGAGUCGGUCUCAAGUGCCUUCAGACAAGCCUCUCGGUUUUCAAAGUCUUACCGUCACGGUAGACCCGAUAGAUCACUACAAAGGGGAGAGGCUGGUCUUAAGAGCAGCUCCCAUAUCACCAUCAAGGUAUUUGAAUUAAGAAUUCUGUAAAUAUGUGUAUAUAAUAAAGGAUUCGCUGUGUAUAUUUGAAUUUAGUAACUUAAGUCACUUUUUUUUAAUUAUUAUUAUGUUUGAAAUUAUUAUGAUUAUUAUUGUUUUUGAUUUUUUAUUAUUAUUAUUUGUUUUACAACACUCCUUUUUUCCAUUCCUUUUAUUUAUGCCAGUUGACAUGGCAGGUUUUGUAAUAUGUAUACAGCAUCCCACAGUCAGAACACAAAUAUAAUCAGAGAUCAUCCUAUUAUGAUGUUGGUUUUGUUUUCAUGUUGCAAGACAAGUUUAAGAUUGUGUGCUGUAUUUUGGUGUGUGUGUGUGUGUGUGUGUGUGUGUGUGUGUGUGUGUGUGUGUGUGUGUGUGUGUGUGUGUGUGUGUGUGUGUGUGUGUGUGUGUGUGUGUGCCUGCCUCCUUGAAGAUCCCGAUUCCUUUUUCACACCCAUUUUCAUACAACCUGUAGAAAGUCAUUGCUUAAGGUCUGCUGGUCGAUGUUGCUUGUAAAGAUGCAGAUCUGUCAAAUUAUGUCCAAAUGUUUUCUCCUGCUUUUUGAAGCUUCAUGAAGGGAACUAUUUUGUUGGAAAGCUUUUGUUUUUGAGGUACCAGCUCAAAGAAAUGGAUUACAUCAGAAAUGACUGGCUAUGAUUUGAUUUCUUUCAUCAGCGUUAGUUUUUCGUAUGUGGGAUAAUGCAGAGUUUAAAGGGUUAGUUCACCCAAACAAAAAAGCAUCCCCUUUUGUGUUCCACACAAGAAAGUCAUACGGGUUUGAAACAACGUACAUUAAUGAUGACAGAAUUUUCAUUUGUGGGUGAUCUAUCUCUUUAAAACUGUUCCUUGACAAUUGGUUAAAAAUCAAGUAAUCAAAAGAGAUUAUUAAGCAAGUAAAGUUUAAUAUCCGUUAUGGAAGGGAAUGGGGUGGAGCUUGAGAAGAGGUUUUUGUUUUGUUCUUUAAGAGAAAUAAUGUAAUUUUUUGUACAGAAGAAUUGCUCUGAAAAAUGUUAUUUGGUUCAUUUAGUGGAAUUUAUGUUUGUUCUUAGAAAUAAAUCAAACUAUUUAUUAAAGCAUUUUAUAACAAUAUGCUCAAGAAAACAACUGUGUGCUGGUAUUUAGUACAGAAACAGGCGCAAUCCUUCAUCAUAUUUCCAAAAAAUUAAAUAAUCCUUCCAUGUCUUGAGGUGAGGAUGACAUCAGAUCGAUACAGGAACUCUUCCAGCCAAGAUGUCACUGACAGAAAUCAGCCAAUAGUAACAGGUCUCCUGUUCUCGGCUAAUUGCUGGCUGGCCAAUGGAUGACUGUUCUCUCAUGGUUUCAUCUGGUCAGAAUGUUUUAUGGGGAGACAUUUAAUGAUGCAGUGAGUUUGUGUUAUGGUUUUGUCCCAUAAGUACCAACCUCUAAUGGGAGUACAGAGUCAUGUUUCUUUUUGAACUUGGGUCAUGCAAGUAAAGUGAGGAAAUAAGACUUUGUAAGAUUUUGAUAAGACUUUGUGAAUGAAACUGGAAAACGAAUCGGUUACCUAACGUAACCUCGGUUCUCUCUAGACGAGGGAACGAGUAUUGCGUAAGCUAGCUUACGCUACGG